UGUUUUUGUCAUCUGAUCAACAAAGUGAAGUUGACAAAACAAAGGAGUGAGACACUUAUCCUUCAUCUUCUCCUUGGCCGUUUCGCUCAGAACGCUUGCUAUUCUAUUUUAAAGCUGUUCUUUGAUUGAUUGACUGCCAUCAUGUUUGAAAACGUCAGCACUUUCACGCUCAUUUUGUACAUGAUAGUGUUACUAUUAGUUGUUAUGUUAUUGACCCUGAUUGCCCUGUUGAUUCAUUCUGGGCUGUUCCGAGCAUUGGAUGAUAUCGGAACUGGAAAGCCCCCAAUUGGCCAAACUGUCCUAGCCUAUAGGUUUCAGAAAGGACCAUAUAACGAGGCUGGUCAAGUCUUUACUGAAGCUGCAAUAAUUUCUCCGGGAAACAAAGCUCUUGGUAUCUACUAUGAUGAUCCUCACAAGGUCGACUCCAAAGAACUUCGCUAUGUGGUUGGCUCCGUUUUGUCAGAGGGUUCAAGUGAAAUUAAUGAAGAGGAAGUCAAAAAAUUCACAGAGCAAGGUUUCAAGAUUCUGCAUCUUCCAGAGGUUGCCUAUGCAGUGCGAACAAAGUUCCCUCAUGUAACAUCUUUGUCCAUUCUUAUUGCUAUAUUUAAAGCAUACCCACAGCUGAAGGAGUACAUUGAGGAGCACAAAUUGUGUGCAUAUCCAUUUGUAGAAUACUACGAUGGAGAGAGCGUUCACUUCAUGGCUCCUCUGUCCAAGCAAGAUGAGUUCUUUGUCCCAGAGUGUGAGAAAGAUGGUGCCGGAGACCAACCCACUAGCGAGUUUGAGACCACGCUGAACACUUCCCACUCAACCCUCGGUGAGGAACCGAUGACCAGUGACGCUGCUCAGACAACUUUGGAGAGUGAGGGUCAUGUGACGGCAGAUGGCGGAGAUGAGUCUCUACUAAACACCACACAGAACAGUUCUGUAGCUGGUGAUUCUGCUGACAAAGAUGGAGAUGAUGAUGACGAUUCUGAGGACAAGGAUGGGGAGGAAAGCAAAUCUGCCCUUGACUCUGGUCGAGACAGGUCUGGCACUGAAGACUCUGAGCUGGCAGAUGAUGAACAGACAUUGUCUGAUGGGUCCACAUCCUCCUUUGAAGUCUUGAAACAUGAUCAGACAGAAUUUUGAAUCCAUAUUUUCAUUUUAAAGAGAAUUUUAGAAUUAAUGUCAGUCUACCUGAAAAGUUCUGAAACUCGUGAUGAUACGAUCAUUUGUGUGCUCAAGAAAGGAAUAUAUAAUGCUUAAAAUGUUAUAAUCUGCAGAGAUUGUUAAAAAAAAAAAGAACACCAAACUACUUCAGCCCUGUUUGUUGUCCUACUGCGCAGAAUGUGCUGAGUAGAAGCUUAAACUUGUAUAAGAAAACACUUUUAGAUACCUGUGCUCACACAUGAGGAGCAGCAAUUGAACAAUAUUAUCUUGUUUUCCCAAAAUGAAAAACUUCUUGUUUUGAUUCAAGCCAGUAUUUUUUUUUUUUUCUUCAGCUUGUGCUUUCUUGGUGACAGGUUGAAGGCUUGGUGAAUUUGAAAUAUUGUUUUUAGUAUUUGAAAAAAAAAAUGGAUACGUUUUCAACAGAUUCACUAGUCUUGGAAUGGUGAGACUAGCAUUUGCUGAAUCCCAUCAAGAUACGCUGGGAGUGUUCGACCUGUCAAACUUCCUAUAUUUGAGUUUCAUAAUGUUCAUAAUUGAUUGGAGCUGAUUUAUUUUGCUCUGUCUACACAUUAUGAAUUAUGGUACUAUGCUUUCUUGCACUGCAUGGAACGUUCUCAGACUUUCUGGAACAACAACAGCAACAAACAAACAAACAAAAAAGAAGAAAGAAAAAGUAAACUUAACUUAGUAAAA